UGAUAUAAUUGGAUGUGAGAUUCUGGGUUGUGAUAGCAGAACGCUGCCCAUUGCCUCUCCGAAGCGGCCCCCAUGAUUUAUUCAGCAGUGGAUCGGGGCACGCAAGCGAGCUGUCAAGAAAGCGUCAGCUUAUUAGGCAAGGGCUGCGUGAUUCCAGAAGAGGGUCUAACCUAUAAAAAUCACGCACCCGAGCUCUGAUUAGCAAGCAAUCUGAUCACAAGGACGGCAGGAGACGGCUCUAAGAGACACGCAUCCGGAGAGGAAGGGGAAAACCCGAUCCACCCAGCAUUGACUCCACCCGUCCAACUUGACUCCAUCGGCAUCUCUAAGAACUGGCCGCUGAAACAUGAAGAUCCAGCUGCUGGUCUCUACAGGGAUCCUGCUGGUCGCCCUCUUGCCUUGCCAUGAGUGCAGAGCCCUCAGCAAGAGCGUCCCAGCCGGCGACAGCGCUCUGCAGCAGCCAGAUCUUCUCCAAGCGCAACCACAGUCGCUGCCCAUCUUGCUCCGCAUGGGAGAAGAGUAUUUCUUGCGCUUGGGCAACCUUCACAAGAACCCCGCCGCCUCCUCCCUCUUCCCUGCCUCCUCCGGCACUAGCAGCAGCAGCUUCAACCACCUGGCAGCCUCUGCGUCCGCCGGCAACUUUUUCCGAGCAGCGGCGCAACAGCUGCAGCAGCUGCCGCACCUGCAAGAGCGCUCACUAGAGGGCGCCGCCGAGCCCUGGGAAAGCGAAGACGACAGCGCCCACCUGGAAGCCCCGCAGAGGGAAAAACGCUCGGAAGAACCGCCGAUCUCCCUGGAUCUGACUUUCCAUCUCCUCCGCGAAGUCCUGGAAAUGGCCCGAGCGGAGCAGCUGGCGCAGCAGGCUCACAGCAACAGGAAACUGAUGGAAACCAUCGGGAAAUGAAGCGCUCUCUCUCCCCUUCGCCCCUCCCCUGCCAAAGAGAUCCUCCAACUAGCACAGCAGUUCGACAGCAGCAUCCGCGCCCCUCCCCAGAGUGGCUCCAGUCCCAUCCCGUUCUUUUGAUUCGACAGCU